AAAUUGAGCUAGUUGAAGAAGUAACACGAGGAAUUUAUAAAGGAAUAUAUAUACAUUGUAAUAAAGAGUUUAAACGUGCCAAGCCUAUUAGAACUCGAGCUCAUAUUGCAUAUGAAUGUCCAAAUUGUCCUGAACAUAUUAGACGAUAUUAUAAUUAUAUUAUUGCAAAUAACCUUUUUGAUGAUCCUAAAGUUGAAGAUUAUUCCAUUCCGCCAAAUGCUAAUUUGAAAGCCAAGUUAUCUAAACCUACA